CCCACUAGAGGCUAUCGCUGGCGACUUUCAUACUGACCACCUAGCUCGAGGAACGUGCACAAGUACUACUGCAGCAGCACUAUGCUUUUUUGGAACACUUUUUGAGGUAAACGCUGAAAAAGGCUACUUUCUGUACAUUUGCGUUUGUGGCAUAAAGUGCUAUUUUUUAAAGUUGUAUUUAAUAAUGCAAUUUGUACACCUAUUCAUGCCAGUUCCUUUUGAAAACAACAGCUACGAGGCAUGUCAAAGCAUGGCAAUCAAAGUUGUGAAAGCGUUUUAAUCCAUUUUAGUUUUCCAAUCCAAGAUUAAACAGACUACAUGAUGUCAAACGCAGAAGUGGAAAUAGCUGGACGCGGCUUUCCAGGUCUUCCUAUGGACGAUGACUGCUUAUCUCCUCAUGUUCCAUCUAUGUUGCGAACCAAUACCUUGAGUGCAAGAAGAAACUCCUAUGGACUUCAUAAGAUUAAUAUGGGUAUUGACACACAGCUUUACAGUGGAACAAUUUCAAAGGCUUUAUCGUGGUCCGCUGAGAAUAUUUUGAGUUUAUCUGUUGAGGAGGAGAAAACCUACUCUCCGUCGUCUCCAUCUCCCGUCUCAAGCCCUGGCUCAAGCACCAACACGUCCCCAUGCACCCAAGACGCAGAACCAGCUUCUCCAACACAGAAGUGGGGCACUGUCCCAAACACACAGGAUGCCAGCUCGGACUCCGAAAAUGAACAGGUUCAAACUAAGCAGCACAAAGUGUUGUCACGCAUUCCAUUUGAAAGCAAAUGGGAACAGGAGGAGAAAGAGGACAUUGAGACGAAAGCUGUGGCAACUUCCCCUGAUGGAAGAUAUCUGAAAUUCAACAUCGAGAUUGGGAGAGGGUCGUUCAAGACUGUUUAUAAAGGACUGGAUACAGAAACGACCGUUGAGGUGGCAUGGUGCGAGCUACAGACCCUCAAGCUGACCAAAGUGGAGCGGCAGCGCUUCAGUGAGGAGGUGGAGAUGCUGAAAGGCUUGCAGCACCCCAACAUCGUCCGCUUCUACGACUCCUGGAAGUCCACGGUGAAGGGACACAAGUGUAUCCUCCUGGUCACUGAGCUCAUGACCUCGGGCACCCUCAAAACGUACCUGAAGAGGUUCAAGGAGAUGAAGCUGAAACUGCUCCAGCGCUGGAGUCAUCAGAUCCUCAAAGGCCUCCACUUCCUGCACACGCGCACCCCUCCUAUCAUUCACAGGGACCUCAAGUGCGACAACAUCUUUAUCACUGGCCCCACCGGCUCUGUCAAGAUAGGGGACCUGGGCCUGGCCACGCUCAAAAGUGCCUCCUUUGCAAAAAGUGUCAUUGGGACGCCAGAGUUCAUGGCCCCGGAGAUGUACGAGGAGAAGUACGAUGAGGCGGUGGACGUCUACGCCUUCGGCAUGUGCAUCCUGGAGAUGGCCACCUCGGAGUACCCCUACUCCGAGUGCCAAAACGCAGCCCAGAUCUACCGCAAAGUCACCAGUGGGAUGAAACCAGACAGCUUCUACAAAGUCAAAGUUCCGGAGCUCAAAGAGAUCAUUGAAGGAUGCAUACGGAUGGAUAAGGAUGAAAGGUACACCAUCCGGGACCUGCUGGAGCACACCUUCUUCCAGGAGAACAGCGGCGUCCACGUGGAGCUGGCCGAGGAGGACGACACGGUCAAGUCGGGCCUGAAGCUGUGGCUGCGCAUGGACGACACCAAGAAGCUGCACGGGAAGUACAAGGACAACAACGCCAUCGAGUUCCUGUUCGAGCUGUACAAGGACGUGCCGGAGGAGGUGGCCCAGGAAAUGGUUGUGCUGGGUUUUGUCUGCGAGGCCGACUUCAAGCUGGUGGCCAAGGCCAUCCGGGACAGGGCGACGGCCAUCAAGCGCCAGCGAGAGAAGCUGCGGCGGCAAGCGGAGGAGCAGCAGAAGAAGAAGAAGGAGGAAGUGGAAGCUGUGGAGGAAGAGCCGGUUGGCCCGUCCUCUCCCAAGGUCGAUGACGCAGCAUGGGUGUCGGCCGCCAUUCCCACCCAGCCCCCGCAGCCCCCCCCAGGCCCGGUCCUGUCCCCCGUAAACACUUCCAUAGACUCGGGCAUCAACGCCAGCUUCCCUGCUGAGCCGGAGGAGCCAGAAGCAGACCAACACCAGCACUUCCACAUCCGACACACCAGCUGCUCUUCUGUUAACUCUGACUGUGAGAUGGACGGCUAUCUCAGCUCCUCUGGGAUGCAGGAGACCCUGGAGGGGCUCACCCCCAGCGGGCCUUCCUGCCCUCCCAACCCACGCGCCCACAACCCAGCCACCAACCCCAUCCCAGCCCUCCGCUUCCCUUCAAGUAUUGCCGUGUCGAGUAGCACCGAGCAAGGCAACCACUCUGGAUCUCCUAGUGGGUUUAACUCUCCAGUGGACAGCUACGCCUCUGACGUGACCUCGGGUUUGAGUGAUGGCUACGAGGGCCUAUCAGAGAAGAGCGGCAAGUCGCCCGUCAGGCGUACGACAGGGAAGCUGUUCAGGAGAAGGACUCGCUCAAGACUGCGCAUCACUGGGCUCUCUGAUAAAGUUGACCGCGUGGUGGAGUGUCAACUGCAGACUCACAAUGACAAGAUGGUGACUUUCAAGUUUGACCUGGAUGGAGAUAACCCUGAGGACAUUUCUGCUGUCAUGGUGCACAAUGAGUUCAUCCUGCCGUCAGAGAAGGAGGGCUUCAUCCACCGCCUGAGUGACAUCAUCAAGCGGGCUGAGGCUCUGAUGGGAAAGGAGCCCUCCGUCCAUGCUGGGGGCCAGGGCCUCCCCAGGACAGCCUACAACAGCGCCGCCAGCACAAUGUCUGCCUCACAGUCUAAUCUCCACAGUCAUAACCUGGCUCGGACACACUCUUCCUCUUCACUUCCUGACGUCAGUAUGCCAGGGCCCGGUGCGGGGACGCAAGCCUUUCCCCCAGGCCUCACAGAAGACUGGUUCAACGCAGACGUUACUUCAGCUGAGCGACCUCUAUUACGCUCCCAGUCUUUCCACAGCGGCGCAGGGCCUCCCUACUUCCACCAGCAGCAUCCCUCUGUCUCGGUGAACGCCUCUGACCCCCGGAUGGCUAAGCCCCCCCAUGCCCAGCACUACCACCACCUGCCUUCCUACAUGGGCCACACCCACUUCCCCUUCCCUUACCCGGUCAACCCUGCUUCCCCUAAACCAGCUGGGACACACCCACCCCUAACACGAGUGGCCAGCACCCCUAUCUUCCCCUCCGUACCCUCCCCAGCCCCAGGCUCCCCCAAUCCCUACACGGAUCCCCCCUGCCCAGGCAACGGCGAGGGCCACCCACUGUCCCCCCCUGCAAACCAGCACCCUGGCAUGUGGCCCCACCACACCCAGCCUCUCUUCUCCCUGGCCAACGUCAUCUCCAUGGCGAUGAGCAUGGCCCACUCCUUCAUCCCAGCCAAUAGCCUGGCCUCCCAGGGAAUGGCUUCCAUGGCUGGCUUCCACCCCCAGUUAGUCCCCCCAGGAGGCUACCCCUCCAUCUACUCCCCCCAAUACCAGCCAGUGGAUGGCUCCUACUCCCCAGAGGGGAUGCCUGGGCAGCACAGCCUCUACCACAGCCCAGACAGCCCACCCCAGAUGCAGAGGGAUGGGGCUGGAUCCGGGUACCAUCACAGCUGGCCUCACCAACACGCCUCCAACAUGCCUCUGCCUGUGAUGACCUCUACUCCUCCACGGAGCCACCAGACGACCACCCAGCAGACGGGCUCCUUCCGUCCUCCCAGCCUACCACAGGAGCGGUCUCAUGGCUACCCUUCCCAGGCCUGUGAGCGAUCAUACAGCUCCAGCCCGUCCUCAGAGCUGUCCCCGUCACCCCCAGACACGCCGGAAAGCACACUGUCAUCAUUCGGCUCACCAAGGGUACGCCCCAUGAUGCCAGAGAUGACUUCCAGCUCUGCCAAGAUAAAUAUACCUUCCACCGAGCCCCACCCUUCCACCCACACCGUUGGACGCUUCCAGGUGACACCCAGCAUGGAGAUCCCGGUGCCCACCGUGGCUAAGCCUGGGUCCUGCAGCAGCACCUCCUCGGAGAGUAGCACGGAGGAGCAGGAGCAGGCCGAGUCGGAGGCCGGCCUGGGCAACCCCUCCCUCGCCGUGUCCCCACCCCUCCCCCACGGGCCUCCUGCGGGGGCCCUCCAAGACCCGGACACUCAGCAGGAAAAUGAGGAGGGAGAGGGGUCGGAGAAAGGGAAGGAGGAGAGAGCGAGGAGGAGGAUCCGGAGGCGAAUGUGCAGCCUCAGCAUCGUGGGGGCGUCAGCGGACGGCGGCCUCUCUGUGACGGCGGCCGGGCCAGAGGUGAGGCUGCGGGAGGGAGCCCAGUCGACGGGCGCCCAGUACGGCUCCACUCUCCACCACCUGUGGAUGAUGAGCUACACCCGCAGCUCCUCUUACAUUAGCACCGAUGAAUCAGAGGGCGAGGAUGAGGACAUGCUGGAGGAGCUUCAGGAGCUGAGGGAGAAACACAUGACAGAGGUGCAGAGUCUCCAAGCCACUCAGAAGAAGGAGAUAGAAGAGCUGUAUGAGAAGAUGGGUAAAGCUCCUCCUCCUGGCAUCGUCUCUCCAGCCGCCAUGCUGUCCAACCGUCAGCGCCGCCUCUCAAAAGGGGGGGGCUACAGCUCCUCCCGCCGAAACAGCCUGCAGUGCCUGGACAUGGCGCCACCCCAAGGUAUCAUACGGAGGAGCUCUCUGGGCGGCAGCAGCAGCAGCUCUCAGGAGAAGCGCAGCAAGGGUGUGACGUUUUCCACGGACAGUAGAAUGUAAUAAUCUUCAGCUAUGUUUGCUGAACAUCCAGACUACCUCAUUUCAAGUGUGACUGUGGGUCGUGCCCGUUCUUUUGGAGGAAGUUACAUCAUACACCGGGAAGAGUGUUCAUAUAGUUGAUGGUACAGUACUGCACCAAUCCCUGCUAUGCAGUGCCCUAAAUAUAACUCCGGAGAUGUGCUUAGGUCUAGCCUCAUAGCCAGAGGGCCAGAUCAGUCAUAAUAUCAUGGAGGGAAAAAAAAGUGACCUUUAUCUAUUGGUUUUGUACUACUUACGAGACAGCAUUUCCUACUGGUCACUCAUUUGCACAAUGUCUGCCAUGUGUUGAUGUGUCAGAACCCUGGUCAUGAUACAUAUCUAUUCACUGCCCUCCACACUAUGACUACAGAAGUCCAAAGGUGUUGUCAUAGUUAUUGUAUGCUUGUUUUCAAAUGUAUAUUUCUGUAAAUGAACCCGGCAUCAUGAGGGACAACAGAUGUCAGAAAGUUAACAGGGUUUUCUUCAUGUUUGUAUUUCUUAGACAGUUCUUGUUUUCAUUUACUUCUGCACUGUAUCUCCCACCUGUUGACUAAACCAUGUCAAUCUGCAGAGUGGCCAUAUCAUUACUAUUGGUCAAUUGCAUAACAGAAAUGAUAAUACAGGUACAAACAGAAAGUGGGGAACAAAAACAAACCAGUAGGAUUAUUCACUUUCACAAGCUACUUUGGUGGUAUGUUAGGUAUUGCCAAAAGGUCAGCCACAUUAGAUUUUGAAAAACUUCUGGUUAAUUAUUUCACACCUUUUUUAUACAGUUAAGUGACUGAGUGGCUUUAACUUUUAUUGUAAAUGUGUAAAUAUUUACAUUUACCAUUAGAUGUUUACAGAUAGUCAAGUAUGUUGUUUUGGCAACUCAACUCAUCAUAUGCAAACUUAAGUAAUAUUCUAUGACGCUAAUCAGGCACCCUCUGCACUUUAGUUAAGUCUACCUAAGUACUCAUUUUGGAAUACAAAAUAACAGUGAGUUCCUCUUUGAAAAUUCUGUUGACAUAUUUGACACUAUUUGCUCUUUUUCACCAUUGAAAAAUGAAAUACUCCAUAAAUGGUGUCUGUCAUUGGCAGAGUAAUUGUCAAUCGAUCACAUCUAAGAAAUUAUAUAUUUAAGUUAAUCUCCUUCUCUGAGCUUUAUACAUUUGCACACAACCAUUAACAGUGUAAACUACAGUAGGAUGUUAUUUCCUCUGGAUGGUGUUAUGAAUCAAUAAACUGUGAACCUUUAGUAGUUGCCUUAUAUAUGCACACUGAAUUCUCUAGAAAUUGAUACUCAUGUAUGACUAGUUCAAAUGUGUAAUAUAUUGAUAAAAAUGUGAGUACAAUCAAAUGUAUGAAUGUAUAUGAUUGUUUCUUUAUGAAGCUGCUGUCCAUCCUCUGUGAAUCUGUGCCUUUUCCUUCUAAUUUCUUAUUUGCUAUUUUUACUCUAUAGGUUUGAGGGCUACAUUAUGUUGCUUCAUUGUACAUUCCCUCACUCUGUAAUUCUUAUUUUGAAAAAUGCAAUAAAUACAAAUUAUAAUAAAA